AUGGAAACUCCAGUCAGUUAUAAAAUGGAUUCGUCAGAUGAAGGUUCGUCUCUUUCAGUAAACCAAACAGACACACCAACUUGUGUUCAUAAACACGAACCUACUGCUGAAGAAAAAAAGCUUACGAGACUUCUAAUUGAACGUGUUCUCCCUCCAUUUUCAAAAUCACUAAAACUACAAGCUCUUGUGGUUUAUCAAGCUGACCAAGAAAAGAUGAAAUGUUUACUUGUUAACCAAACUUAUGAGAAAACAAAUGAUCAUUCUUUCGAAAACGACAGUCCUAAUCAAGAUUUAUCAGAUUCAGGAAUAAUGGAUACAUCUACAGAGUCGAUUUCACCGAUUAAAACACAAGCUGAUGACGUUAUAAAGAAGUACGGCUUUUCGAUCUCACGACGUAAACGGAAGCUAAGUCGACCAUGUAAAAUACCUCAAAGUUCUGUUGUUUCUGAUCCUACUGAACCUUUACCUGCUACAACUGCUUCAUCAACAACUUCCGUUCCAGCUCAACCAAUCUCAAAAGCAGUCACUGAAAUUGUAACGCCGAUGAAAAGUGGGCCAACAAAUGGUUUAUUUUUACCUGUCUCAGCAGUUACACUUCUUCCUCACGUGAGUGUUUUCUCCCUACCUGUAACAGUACUAUCAACUGUCCAUCGUCCUAUUUUACCUCGAAUUUGCACUGAUAAACAGCCUAUUCCCCGUCCUGUUAAUAGUUGUAAUUUACAGACAGUUAUUUCUCCUCAAUCAAAACAUACAACGUCAUCUAAUUCACUUUCUAAGAAUUCCACCAGAGAAUCCGUAAACUCAACAGACGAUUCAAGUAUCCAUAAUCGUCGAUAUGCUAAGUCAUUUAUAUGUAAUCAAUGUCGAAAACCAUUUACAUCAUUGACUUUACUAUGUGAACAUACCUUCGCAGUGCAUAAAGCAUUUAAGUGUACUAUAUGCGGUGCACAAUUUACUCAACGAUCCAAUCUUCAACGUCAUUCUCUUCGUCAUGUUGGUUUCAAACCUUUUGUAUGUAAAAUAUGCGAUAAAUCUUAUUAUCGUAAAGAUCAUCUUGUUCGACAUAUUGAACUAACACAUCCUGGUUGUGAUCCACGUACAAAUCUUACUGUGAAACUAAGUUCAGCUGAAUGUUUAGAUUAUUUAGAUCAAAUCAAUAAACACGACAAUACAAAUGGUGAGCAGAUACAAAUAUCAUGUCAAAACACCACUAAUAAUAAUAAUAAUACUCCUGAAAUUGCUAUCAAACAAGAUGAAAGUGAUUCUCAAGAGAAAUUAUGCAUUCUGGUUUCUCAACAACAAGAACAAUCUAGCAUUUGCUCACAAUCACAUCAAAUAUGCACUAGUAUAAAUUCCUAA